GAACGCGCUUCAAUGUUUGCCGAAUGAUAUUACUCUUUUCGUUUACGGCCAUUUUAAAUCCCUCAAAUUGUGGGGGGUUUUUGAAAACUUUAAAUUGUUUAAAAAAAAAAAAAAUGAAAUCUUGCUUCUUUGUGUCUUACCCUGAUUUGAAUUCUCAAGUUCGAUGGUUUUCUAGUCUUCUUCUUGAAAAUUGAAUUGCAUUUUUUAUUGGUUUUGUUCAUGUUGUCAAAGAUAAAGGCGUUGACUUUCUUGUUGGGAUUUAGCAGAUGAAGGAUUCCACUUUCUAGCCAUUCAGGCCCAGAGAGAAAUUUUGAAUUUUGGGAUUGGGUUUUGUUGAUUUAUCAGUUUUCGCUUUCUGGGUAUAUGGGAUUUUUUGGAAAAUCGCAAUAGAACAGAGAGAUCAUCUUAUCUGUUUCAAAGGUUUUUCUAACUUCUCUAUGAACUUUGAGAGGUAAAGGUCUACGAAAGUCUUGAUUUUUUCACCUAGUUAGCCUGAUGGGGUCUAUGAUUUGUGAAAAAAAAUCAACUUUUUUUAUUCCACGAAUCAAAUCUUAAGGCUCUUUUGUUCUAAGUUUUUUGAGUUAUAGAUUUAAGAUUUUGAGUAGAAUUGUGUUGUGAGGGGAGGUGUAAUUGUCGUCGAUGGAUACGGUCCAUAAUGAUGCUAAGGAUGUUAAUGGAUAUAACAAUAAGAUUUUAGGUGCCAUAGAUUCUCCAAAACUUGAAGAUCAUGCUGAUGGAGAAGAGUACAGUGAGUCAAAUUCUUUGUUGCCACCUAAGAAAGGUGGGAUGUCAAGAAAACCUGAAAAGACGCGGCGGAAAGUCCAGUGGAAUGAUAAAAAUGGGAAUAAACUUGUGGAGGUUCUGGAAUUUGAACCAAGUGAUGUGAGCGAUUCUGAUGAUGAGGAUUCAGAUUCCUGCAUCUGUAUCAUAAUGUAGAUAUAAUACAGGACACCAUCGGGAAUUACUGGAUAAAUCAUUUUGGGCUUCACCUUCAACCUUGAUUUUGAUAAGUUUGCUACAAGAUGGCCCUCGGUUCAACUUGCUGUUGGAAGGAUAGAUCAAAGGUCCAGAGGCUGAGCAAGGCAGUCUCUCAUAUAUUUGAGUUCUUUACCAUUUCUAAGGUGGUUUGCCAUAUGUUUCGCUAUGAACAGAUGAGAAUUGCAUGGACCUUAUCUCAGAAAUGAAAGCAGAUAGUCAUGAUGCUUGUCUUUCUUCCAUGAUGUAUAUUCAUCAGUCAUUAUGAUACUUUUUUUCUUUCUUUUUUGCUUUUUCCUGUAAUAUUUACCAGUUGAACAACAUUUAAGAGAUCAUAUUCCUUCAAAUCACAUAAAAUGGAACAGCCAAUACUUAAAUCCCUUUUGCAUUUUA